GAGAAACAUGAAAACCUCACUGCUUCUGUCAGUGACAGUCUAUUAGACAGUGAACUAAAAGCCAUGGAUGAGGUGGAGUUCACAGCUCUGAGUGUAAAAGACACAGUGAAGGCUAUCAGACUGAAAAAACUUCUCAAGGGGCUCAGUGAUCUUGAUUACACAGACAAAAAACAAAAUUGCUGAGGUAAAGGAGAAAGCCACUAAUCUCUCUGCAGCCAAAGACAAGUGGAAAACCUGUGUCCUCAGUGUUGACCACUGAGGGAAUGGGCGUUAAUGAAGACAUAAGCAGUGAGAAGUAUGAGGGGGCAGUUUUCCAAGUUGUUCCAAGGAAUUUCAAGGAGGCGGAGGUUGAGGAGCAUAAGCUCACCCAGGGUCUUCUGGAUUCCAUGGUGGAGGGCACACAGAAGCGCUUGCCUUUUAGAUCAAGUGAUGUGAUCACACAGGCCACCAUGAUGGUCGGUGACAGGGUCUAUUUCAAAUUCAUUUCCACCAAUCCGGAAACCAAGGAGGAAGCGCGCUGUUACAUCAAGAUCCAGCCAGACACCCUACAGUCAGAAUCUGAAGAGCAACGCAAGAUCGGUAUUAUUGUGAAAUUGGAUGAGAGUUAUGGGUUCAUCAAGACGCCACAAGACCCAGAACUCUUUUUUAACCUGAGUGAAGUCAUGGAUGACAUCAAGCUCAUUGUGGGAGAAAAGGUUGAGUUUACUUUAGCAGCGACUGAAGGAGGUGAAGAAGAUAAACAAGCUAUUAGAAUCAGGAAGCUGACUGAGAGUGUCUUCACGUCUGUGCCAAAAUUGGAAGCCGUUGGGGAGAAAGAGAAGAAGAAAAUGACAAUCAGAUUGCUGAGGGAUCCGAAGGAGCAAAUCAAGAAGGAGGGAAAAAAUAGUGACUUGCUGGCUGCUGUGAAACAAGAAAAGGGGAAGGUUGAAAACUUCCAAAGCUGUUAAACUGCCAAAGGGUCCAAAGCAGGAGAUUAUAGGUAAACAAGAGAAACUGAAAGGUAAAGUGGACAGAGAGCGUAGCAAGAGUCGCGAGAGCAGCAGACACAGGUACAGCUGGAGCAGGAGCCUCAGCCGUGACAGGAGCAGCAGUUACUACAGGAGGCACAGGAGCUCCAGCCGCGAAAGAAGGUCCGGCAAAUACAGACGGAGCCGCAGUCGCAGCAAAGAGCGGCUACGCAGAUACGGGCAUAGUUACAGCCACAGUCACAGCCGUAGCCGUAGUAGGAGCAGGGAGAGGAUCGGUCGAAGCGGCAAGAAGAGAAGCCGCAGCCCAGAGCAUAGGGGACGAACAUUGCAAAGGACAGGAGCAUCAGUAAGGAGCACAGCAGUAAGCGGAGAAGCAGAAGCCCUGAUAACCAAACUGAGGCCCUGAAGAAGAAGAACACCUCCAGUUUUAUGGACCCAUCUCAUGCUGAGACUGUAGAUGACGAGCUGACAAAGAAGAGGAAGGAGUUAUUGGAGCUUAAUGAGUUGAUAGCACGUAAAAGAGCAAUUAUUGCAAUGGAACAAACACCAAGUCUUUUAAAGAUGUGCUUGAAAUGGACAGGCAACAUGGAUUCGCAACAUUUGAUUAUCAGCAACAAAACAUGUUUAGAGAACACAUGGAACACUGAUGUGAAACCAGUUAAGUCCAUUUUGAAAAAACACUCUGAACCUCAGAUGGAUCCCAAACAUCAGGUAAGUAAAAGAAGUGUGACUCCAGAGGAACCAGUGGGAUACCCAGUGGGCAAUGAUUACAACUUCUUUGGGUCUGCUAGCUCUGUUCCUGCAUGGAUCGUGCAAAGUUCUACACUGAGAUUGAAGAUCAAGAAUUAGUCUGGAAAAGAGGCAAUUAGAUGAAUUAAGCGAAUCUAUAGCACGUAAAAGGGCAAUUAUGGCCAUGGAACAAAAAGGUAAAACCAUUUGCAAUGAGCUUGAAAUGAAAAAGGAAAGUAAUUUUGCUUUGUGCUCAGAAGACUUGGACAUUACAGUGCCAAAUGAAAACACUUGGCGACUUGACAUAAAACCUGAUCUUCAGCCAAAGAAGUCAAUCUUGAAGAAGCGAACAGAGCCUCUCACUGACCAGCCUCAGGUCUGUUUCAUCGUAAAUAAUGGUGGUUUAUGCAUAGAAGGAUUAUUAAAAAUGCCAGAAACCAAAAUGAAGAUGAAAUUUGGAGAGUUCUGGUGUUGUUAGAGGCUUAUAAUCAAACUACUUGUAUUUAUUUUUUCUCCAAAAAUACAUAUAAAAGUAAGUCUUAAGGAAAGACUGAGGUGGAGAACUAGAAUGCAAUGUUCCGUAUCUCACCUUAUUGUAUAGCCUACUGCACCAAGAAUACAUACAGGACAAAUGUAGAAUGUGUGUUAAAUAAUCCAUUCAGUUUCAUUCAAUUAUAUUGCAACUAAUUAACUUUUCACCCAAAAAUCACAGAAGAGAAUGUUCCAUUUAAACUACAAAGCAUAGAUGGUUGUACAAUUGGAUGCACUGUCUUAAGCAAAAUGUAGAAUAAAUAUAAAGAUAGAGGGGGGGAAAAAAAGGGAGAAAUGUGAGUCUAAUCUUGAAUGGAUUGAGUUGUCAGAGGUUGAAGCAGAGUUUGGAUUUUGGACUGAAAGUGAGAUAGGGGAACGUACAGCUGGCAGUUAUCAGAAAAUAGGACAGCUUUUACUCUGAGGAAAAGCUCAUCUAGUGAUAACUCAGGAAGCAAGAGAAUGAUUUAAAUAUGGUAUUUGUACUUAACGCUCAGCUUUAAUUCUGUAUGACAUCAAAUAUUCUGCCAGUAUCAUUAUUUAUUCAACCUGCCAAACAUUGAAUCUUUUGAAUCUAUAUUUUCCCCCAAUUCACUUUAAAUAAUUGUAUGUGAUGAAUGUAUAGAUUCAAAAGGGUUGAGCAAAUAAUGUGUGGAAUAAUGAAAAUUCUCUGAAUGUAAAUGUAUUUACACUGAGAACUGGGAAAUGUUAUGGAAAAUGUGAUUUUUUAAAAAACUUGUUUCCUUUAUUUUUGCAGAGUGAUAUCAGUUCAUCUGAUCAGUAUGGUUAUAGUCGUGAUCUUUUUUCCAUUUCGAAACCUCCUCAAGAUGAUUAUUCUGCUUUGCUCAAACCCCUUAUGCCUUCUCAUACCUCACUGGAAAAAUCUACUAAUCUAACACCAGUACCCUGUAAAAAUGACGAUCUUUUCAAAAGACUAAUUAAUGAAGUUUCCACGACUUCACGGAUGGGUGAGAAUUUAACAUUUAACCAUCCACCUGGUCAUCCGUCAGUGCCCCGAUUAUCAAAUUCAGGAUCAUUUUACGACCAAAAAAGUACAAGAGAGUCCAAAGCCGGAUACUCACAUGAGGACACAGGCUCUACUUCACGCUUCGGCGAACACCAGUUUUGUCACCAGGCUCGUGACCAGUCUUCCAUCAGUGCUGGGCCUUCAACCCCCUCUUCAGCUUCAGACCAAAAGCGAAAUCUCACAACUCAAAUGCAACGGUUUUCUCAGUGCCCUCAAUAAAGCAGAUCCAAAUCUGCUUUCAUCACUGUUCCGAGAAGCAAGAAAAGACUCUGUUCCUGUGGGGAGUCUGAAGAACCCACAGCUGCAAGCAGAUAGGAACGUGCCCAGCAAGGACGAAUUGUAUGAUCCCUUCAAAGGAACAGAAAACUCUGAAGCUAAUUCACUCUUGAUGGGAAGUAAAGCAGGUAGGAUUCCUGCAUUGGAACAAGCUGAAACCUGUUCGGUCGACUACAGCCAAGAUGAUCUCCUGCCGCACGAAAGAGCUGUGCAAGAUGGUAGUGGCUUUUCUAAAAUUGUUGGAAUGAAAUAUGGGACAGACCCUAAAGUUGAGAACCGGUUCCUUUAUGGUGACAAGGCAGUUUCUCAUGGUAAUUUUUCAAAAGAGCAGAAACAGUUUUUAGAUCAAAGUGAUCGAUAUGAACUUCAUCGGGAUCAUUACCCUUUUGAGCACCAGAAUCUUCCAUCUAAAAAACAUGAAAAACCACAUUCACAUGUUCGGAAUUUGUAUACUGAGAAUAGAGAGAGAUAUGAAAGACAAAUUGAAUCUGAAAGGUACAAGGUAGAAAGCAGCCUUAGCCCACUGCCACCAGAAAAUCACAGGAUACCAGUGAAUGUGUAGACAAAAAGACGGAGCACUAUGAAAAACUUCAGAAUCUACUGCAAACAAUCGGUCUCAGUCUAGACACAGCAGAGGUUAGCAAGCUAACUGACAGGACAAGAGAGCGUUUGUAUGGCAAGAAGGUGAAACCUCAGAGUGCAUCAACUCGUUCAUUUGAAAAAGAUGAGCAGUCGACGACCAGAUAUGAUCGAAAAGGUAGUAGGGCGGAUUCCACUGACUCUGAGGAUGUGCGUUCUGUAUCCCCUGCCAGAUCCUCUAAUCGUGAGGUUUACUUGAGCUACCUGGACUCUGUUAGGCACCGGGACCACUGUAAUGAGGAAGUGGCAGUCGUGAAGGAGAGGGAGAAGGACCUAGUCAGUCUUAAAAGGACCAUUAAGAACAGUCCAGAAGCACGACAAGUGAUACCAGAUCAAUACAAGCUUACCUCACCAUUAACAAAUGUCAACUCGAUUCUUAUAAAACAAUGGAACCCCUAUCACCAUCAGCUCAGUCUCUUGGUUCCUUUAUACUCAGAUAUCCACGGAAUCCUCCUCAACUCUACACUACCAUAAAGGUAGACAAGACUCCUGGGAGAAUAGCUAUCCCAUGGAUAAAGACCAGAAGGGAAUUCUCAGGCUCUUGUGCCACCUUAUGGUGCAAUUCCUCCAGUUCUUCUGCAUUACGCGGCUGGAAACCAGGGACGCACCCCCUCAUGUACCACCUGGCUAUGGGGCAUAUACUCCACCGGUGAACCCUUUAACUAUAAUGCCACCAAGCCCAGAGCUAUACCCAGUUUUUCCUCCUUUUUGCACACGAACUCCUUUUGGGCCUCCUCUCACUCCUACUUUUCAACCUCCUACUGGUCAAUUUGACAUGUCUAUACAGCCAGGAGGUUCUGGCUAUGAUAAGCUUCAAACUAAGAUAAAACCAGCUGCCCCAACCAGGUGCCUCAAAAACAAUAGAAACGGUCAAAACUAAGGAGCCUUUUUAGUGUAAAACCUGCCCUGCUUAAUGUUCAGCCUGCACUUAUUAGCAUACAGACAAUAGAAGACACUCAGCCUAAAGAUGUUCAAGAGGAAGCUGAGUCAAAAAAGGUUGCCCCUAUAACGGAGGACGACAUCAAAGCUAAACAAAAAAAAGGUAUGUCAUAAUUCUUCUCACACCCAUUGUGCAAGGAAAAGGGCUCUUGAUUACCACGACUGCAUUUGGUUUGGAUGACUUGUUUUGGUUGAAGGAACCUUGGCCUACAUCACUUUUUUUGUUUGUAUGAGAAGGCAAACAUUUUUUUGUGCUGUACUCCAUGUAACUGCUGUAACAGUUUUGUACCCUUGAAAGUCUAUUUUUGUUUUACACCUCUGAGCAGCUGGAGCAGUUUAACCAGAGAAUGAAACUGAAGAAAGAACAAAUGGAGGCCCAGCGAACACGUGGACAGAGCCAAAAAUCAGCACCAGGGAGAGUUACCCGAAAAGAGGUAAAGAACGUGUGGAUAUGUGGCCACUCUCUUGUGUUCUGGGCUGAGAAGAGGGCCACAUCUCCAGAAAUUGGUAUGCAACUUGGCAUGGACCCCAACAGUGUCCGAAUAUGGUGGAAGGGUGUGCAGGGCAUGACAUGGCAACAGCUUCUGCCCCAGCUGCUCCAACUCAAGGACAACUGGCCCAAACCUGAUGUCAUUCUCAUGCACCUGGGAGGAAAUGACAUAGGCAAGAUCACUGUAGGUGCCUUUCUGGCAGCAGUGAAGAAAGACCUGAUUUCUAUGAAGAGCAUAUUUCCUCAGUGCCUUUUCGUUUGGUCAGACAUUCUACCACGCAGGUCCUGGAGGCACUCGGACGACAGCAAGGCAGUAGACAACACACGCAAGGCCAUGAACAACAGCAUACACAGUAUCAUUACCGAGCUUGGCGGUUCUUCGCUGACUCAUGAAAACAUAAUGCCUGGUUUGGACACUGGCCUCUACAGACCAGAUGGGGUUCACCUCUCUGGCAAGGGAAUUGACACUUUCAAUUUGAAUAUGCAAGACUUCCUUGAGAAGUGGGAAAGUGAUUUAAGUGAGAUGGAGCCUUCUGAAAUCUAAGAUCUUUUAUUUUUGUGUCCACUUGUAUUGCAAAAAAUGUUUUAGAAAUUUGCUCAAGUGUAUCUUGCAUUAUCAGGGUUGGAUAGCAACCUAAUGUUUUGAUCUAUAUAAUUGCAUAUUUUAAUUCACUGUCAAACAAAAAAACUUGAUUUUUGGAAAAAAAUCUGUAUAUAAUUCUUUAUUAUUAAAUAUCUUUAAUCACUUUACUUAUUACAAGACGUAGAUUUGUUUCUGUUAGUUGUUUUGUUUAGUGAAAACUAAUGGAAGAAAUGAAAAUAAAGCAAUACAGGACUUCACUGUGUCUGUUUAUUGAAUAUCAACUGAGAAUGUAUUUUUAUCUACUGCUCUAAAUCCUUAUAGAAACAAAAACCUCCAGACAUUUUGGAUGUGCCACUAUACAUGUGGCACUUAUGGUGAUUGUUCUUUUUUUUUUUUUUUUUGCUCCUAUAAAUCAGUACUGAAUCCCACAGUUGUGCAGUAAGUGCAAAAUUGUUAAUGUGCCUUAUAUUCCUGAAAUGUACACGUACAUCAUUACAAAGUAAUUAUUAAUACAGGCUUUUUCAACAUGUGUGAAGGUUUCUCCAACAUGUGACCUGUGCCUUAUGGUAAUACGAUAAGACAUUAGUACAUUGCCUGUGGAUAUUGGUGGAUUCCUCUCGACAGGUUUUCCUGUUACCCGGUUGUCCAAUCCAUAAGCCAGUUUGUCUCUCUAUAUAGCAGUUGCCUUUCUCUUCUGCAGGUGGUAAUGGGAUCCAUUAGCUUGCUCUAUCUUCAGGAUAGACUCAGAAGUGUAUUUAGUUUUGGAGCAUCCAAUGGACUGCAAAGUACAUCUGAAAAUGAAGCAAAUUGAAGCAAAGAAGACCGAACUAUCGCAAGGAACAGCUUUAGUUUUUGUUCAGAAAGUUUGUGUAUAUGCAUAAAACAAUGUCUGUAGAGUUUUGUACCUUAAAGUGUUCCCUGAACAUUUCUGUUUCUCUUUUUAUAGUAGAUUGUGUGGUCCUUUCAUUAAAAAUAGCCUGCCUUGGAGGCUUUGUGUAGCUAAUACAAAUUUUUCUGCAUUAUUGCUGUAGAACAUUUGCUGUAUUGGCAGGGCAGUCUUAACAUUUGCAACAUGUUUGUAAUGUAUGUUUGUAUAAAGGCUUGGAAAAAUUAAUGUGCAUAAAAUCUUUUUAUCAACAGUUCAGAUUGGAGAAUGAGCCAUAUCAAUUGUGACCUUUGGGUCAGGCUCUAGAUGUGAUUGUAAUCAUAAUAUAAUUAUUAGUAUAGAAUUUUAGUAUAAUUUUUAUAUAUUGUAUAGCAGAACAAAUAGCUGUGUUAGAGCAUUUGAGGAAUAAAAAAUAGUGCAGACUAAGAAUAA